AUGUCUCUCAAGCGCAAACGAACCAUGGAAGAUAUCUUCCAGUCCAGACAAAUCACUUUCGUGAUUGGCAAGGAGAAGAAGGAGUACUCCAUUCACGAGUCGGCCUUCAGCCUCCUGUCCCGACCCCUCGAGGCGCUAUUGACGGGAGGUAUGCAAGAGUCUCAGAAUGCCAAGGUCAUCUGGGGAGAGGUUGAAGAUGAUGUUUUCCUCGCCCUCGUCGAAUUUGCGUACCAGGGCUCGUACCCAAUCCCAUCACUUCGCAAAGUUAUUCGACAAAAGCCUUCCUCCGACAGCAGUACUUGUGAGGGCCUCAGCAACGAUAACUCACAGGGUGACGCCAAGAACGGACCAGACAACCAGACAUUUCUAUCAAUCAACUCUUGGAUGUCAGAGGCUGUUGACCGAUGGGUCCCGAAGUACAUUUUUUGCAAUUACAGCUUCAACCAAGGCCAGCCUCCGCGAAAGCCAAAGUCGACUUCCACGUGGGCAACCGAAAUGAAGAUGAGCAAUCAUACUGGCUAUACCGAAGUCUUCAUGCUGCACGCACGACUCUAUGUUCUCGCCGAUACAUACGCGAUCGACAAACUCCGAGAGCUUUGUCUCCGGAGACUCCGCAUCAGCUUUCUCAACGUCACUCCGAACGCAGAGCUGCUCGAAACCUUGCAUGACUUGAUCUUUUACGCUUUCGAAAAUCCCACAGCUUCAGAUGAAUUUCGCGAGCUGUUGCUUCAUUUUUGUAUCGCCCAGAUGGUGUGGCUCAAAAAUAAUGGCUUUCUGGAGCGGAUGAGAGAGGAGCUUCCCGAAUUUCUGGCCGACUUGGCUGUUGAGAUUCCAUUCAAUUGCUGGGAGUGA